GUGCUAUUCUUGGUUGGCGCGAACAAAGUUGGAGUCAGACGACCAUGAAUACCCUCGCGAAGCUACGUCGCUUUGUAUGGGGAGAAGUCCCACAAAGCAAGACUGAGAGGAGGCUGUUGCUGAAGAUAGAUUGGUUUAUAUUGUCUUAUUGCUGUCUUAUGUAUUUCACGAAUUAUCUUGACCGGUCCAAUGUAUCAAACGCUUAUGUGUCUGGAAUGAAAGAAGAAUUAAAUAUGUUUGGAACUCAGUUUAAUAAAAUCAAUACGAUAUUCACUUGUGGCUAUAUUGUUGGAAUGAUUCCCAAUAAUCUAAUGCUCCAAUGGGUUUCUCCUCGGAUCUGGUUCCCGUCAAUGCAGAUCAUCUGGGGAACAUUGACUUUCUGUACGGCUGCAGUGACAAGAGUUGAACAGAUAUAUGCAAUCAGGUUCUUCCAGGGUAUGGCAGAAUCAUCCACUUUCGUAGGCACGCACUACAUUUUAGGCUCGUGGUACAAACCAGGCGAGCUCGGAAAACGUUCUGGUAUAUUCACAAGUUCAGGACUUAUCGGGACACUGUUUUCUGGCGUUCUGCAAGCUGCUGUGUACAAACAUCUGAAUGGAGUAUCAGGUCGCAGUGGCUGGCGUUGGCUGUUCAUCAUCGACGGUGUCAUCACUAUGCCCAUUGCCUUGUACGGCUUUCUUAUUUUCCCGGAUGUCCCUGCUACGACCAAAGCAUUCUAUCUCAAUGAAGAGGAACGUCUUCUCUCCUCGGAUCGUUUGGAGAAAGGAAAGGACAUCACACAUGAACGGCCUACAUGGAACCUACUGAAGAGGGUUCUUGGUCGAUGGCGAUGGUACGCCUGCAGUCUUUUGUUUGCUAUAUCCGGAGAAACAGAAAGUUUCGGUUCGAAUAACCUAAUGGGUCAAUGGCUCAAAGCCAUUGACGGCUACAGCAUUGAACAAGUCGAUUAUUACCCAUCUGGCAUGACCGCUUUUGCCAUAGUAUCCACACUUGUGUGCGCAACCUGGACGGAUUCGACACGUACACAAGCACGAUGGCCUGUCCUAAUAUACAUGUCAAUCUGUUGUAUCAUAGCCAGCAUUUGUAUUCUAGUAUGGAGCAGUCCCACUGGACUCAAGUUCUUCGCAUAUUAUCUGGCAGGGGCAAGUUAUGCAGGACAAGCUACAACCUUUGCAUGGGCAAACCAAAUCUGUGCAGACGACGAUCAAGAACGAGGAGUGGUUCUUGCUUCCAUGAAUAUGUGGAACAAUGUGAUAAACGCUUGGUGGCCUCUCGUGUUCUACCCUGCUACGGAUGCCCCCAAGUUCACAAAGGGUAUGUGGGCUAUGAUCGGGGUAUCGAUUGCCACACUUGGUGUCACUUGGUUAUUGUGGUAUUUAGAGCGGCGAGAAAAGAGACAGAUCGCUCAGAGUGUCGAGAGUCUGACAGUUGAAGAUAAGAAUGUAGAUGAGAAGACGCCGCAUGACUAGGAGACGAUUGCCAAUUGAGACUGUACCCUCUACGUUGUAGAAUGUGACAUAUCUUAUAAUGAAUCUCUUCAGUGAAU